AUGGCUGAGAACCUGUCACAGAGCGAGCUGGACUAUCCCUUCAAACUACUUGAGUACAUCCACGGAUUCAGAGUGUCAAAGGCCAUCUUCGCGGCAUGCGAGUUGGGCAUUUUUGACCUCCUAGCGACAUCGCCGUGCGCUCUGAGCGCCCAGCAGGUGGCGCAGGCCCUGGGCAUUAGCACGGACGGAACCGAGCGACUGCUGAACGCCCUGGUGGGCAUCGAGAUACUCCAGGUGGAGACGCAAGCGGAACACAAGCCAGGUGAGCGCCAUCACAACGUUUUCGGCAAGGUUCUCUACAGCAGCACCGACGUAGCCGGCGUCUACUUGGCCAAAGGUGGCGCCAAGUCCCUGCACAACAUGGCCAUUUACCAGUCGCAGACCACCUACCCGCUCUGGAACCACUUGGCGGAUGCCGUGAGGCAGGGCAAGAACCAGAACGAGAAGGUCUUCGGGAUCCCGCCCGAGGAGAUCUUCCAAGCGAUAUACCGCUCCGAGGAGGAUAUGCUGAAGUUCAUGGGACUGAUGGACUGUGUGUGGUCGCUGGACGGACACGACGCGGUGACGGCGAUCGAUCUCGCUGGCUUCCGGAACAUCGUUGAUCUCGGAGGAUGCACUGGAGCGCUGGCCCGCCACUUGACCAAGGCGUACCCUGGUUCUUCCGUUGUGGUGUUUGACAUGCCGGUGGUGGUGGAGAUGGCCAAAAAGCACUUCCUGCGGGAGAGCGACACCUUCACAUUCCAUAGCGGAGAUUUUUUCCAGAAUGAACUUCCUGUUGGCGACUUGUACAUUCUGACUCGCAUCCUCCAUGACUGGUCAGACGACAAAUGUCUCACCCUUCUCAAGAAGAUCCACGAUGUUUGCAAACCAGGCGGCGGCGUUCUGCUAGUGGAGGCCUUGCUGUUGGAGAACCGACGCGGGCCCCUCCAGACGCAGCUCUUUUCGCUCAACAUGUUGAUGCAGACGGAGGGCCGCGAGCAUCCGCCCUCCGAGUACACAGGCAUGCUCCGCCAGAGUGGUUUCGGCGAUGUCCAAGUGUGCCGUACGGGCAAGACUUACGACGUCAUUUUAGCUCUCAAAUAA